AUGGUGACUUCCAAGGUUUGGGUUCUGAAGAAGCAUUUUGAGGGUUUCCCCAAAACCAGCGACUUUGAGUUGAAAAAGAUAGAGCUGCCAAAUCUAAAGGAUGGAGAGUUGCUGCUUGAAUCAGUGUUUCUCAGUGUUGAUCCUUACAUGAGGUAUAGUCGAAAGGACAUGAAGGAAGGGGACAUAAUGAUAGGCACACAGGUUGCCAGGAUUGUAGAAAGCAAGAAUCCUGCUUUCACGGUGGGGACGUUUGUCGUGGCUGGAAGUGGCUGGAGAACUCAUUUCAUCUCUGAUGGGAAAGGCCUGCAACUCCUUCCUUCCAGUUGGCCAGAAUCACUCCCAAAAUCUCUGGCUCUUGGGACAGUUGGCAUGCCAGGCCUCACUGCGUAUUUUGGUCUGCUGGAGGUCUGCAAGGUGAAGAUAGGAGACACAGUGCUGGUUAAUGCUGCAGCUGGUGCAGUGGGCUCUGUGGUGGGGCAAUUGGCUAAAAUUGGGGGUUGCAAAGUGGUUGGCUCUGCUGGCUCAGAUGACAAGGUUGCCUAUCUGAAAAAAAUAGGCUUUGAUGAAGCCUUUAAUUACAAGACUGUUAAAUCUUUGGAUGAAGCACUGCGUAAAGCCUCUCCUGAUGGCUACGACUGUUUCUUUGACAAUGUGGGCGGAGAAUUUACCAGUAUUGCCAUCAACCAAAUGAAGAAGUACGGAAGGAUUGCAAUCUGUGGAGGCAUCUCUCAGUACAAUGACACUGUGCCUCAGAAAGGGCCUUAUGUUCAGAUUCCGAUGCUCUUCAAAGAGCUUCUAAUGGAAGGGUUUAUUGUGACCCGCUGGAAUAACCGCUGGGAGGAAGGUCAGAAGGCACUGCUAAAAUGGGUCGUGGAGGGAAAACUGAAAUACCAUGAGCAUGUCACUGAAGGAUUUGAGAACAUGCCAAUGGCUUUCAUUGGAAUGUUAAAGGGAGAAAAUCUUGGAAAAGCCAUUGUAAAAGUCUGAAGGUCACAUAUUCCUGGGAGGCUGGCACAGGAGAAGGUGAUUCUGUUAAGUGCUUUUAACUCACUGAUCAAAAACCACGUCAGUCUUUUUGCUGGAUGCUUGGUGAUGAUAAUU